AUGGCCGCGUUUCUCUCGGCUUCUUAUAGUGUCUCCUCUGCUGCCCUGGCGCCCAGCUCUGGGACUCAUGAUCUUUCGUCCCCUGUCAACCCUCUCGAUGCGUUCGCAUUGAUCGCUGAGCCCGAUCCAUCCUCGACCACGUCUGCUACUUUCCCGAACGGGCAAUUGGUCACGCACCCUUUGUCGUCCACAGCCCACCGUGAUCUCGAAGAUCAAGUUCGCGAUCCAGACAAGGUCAGGUCGGUAGCCUUAUCGACCCAAUCGCCUUCGCAACUCGCCGAUCCAGCCGUUUCUGCGAGUGUCGGUCAACAGAUGGUGCGCGCAACGACCGCAGCGAUUUUCACUCUAUCCUCAUUGAUUGCCUAUGUCGUGAUCAACAGUGUCGCUCGCGCUGUUAAUCCGUCGGCCUUCAUUUGGUACGAGGAGGAUCAGGACGAACGUCGCUGGAUUUCGUCAUCUCCAUCCUGGCUAGACCGGAAGGCUUGCCGCUGGUUCGGCCUAUGUGGGACCGCCCACUUUCGCUUGGUGCGCCCCCGCUUCGGCCACCGCAAGGCAGUCGCGGCGGCUGGCCAAGGGUCCAACGAAGACUUCUCCGCCUGGCGUGCCGCCCAAUUCAAUGACUCCGCCCAUCCCGAGGCCGCUUGGGAUGAGGCGGAACGCUCCCGCCGCGAAAUCCCGGACUAUGUCUUCCAGUUUGCGCCGCUGGUCCAUUUGUUCUCCGAUGAGCAAUUCUGGCCUUGCGACAUCGCCGAACACCUGUAUCAUAUUACACCUAUGCUCAAUUACACCCCCGUCCAAUCGUAUUGGGAUCAUCCCACUUUAAAUGACCUGGAUCAAUUGAACCAGUGGCAGGAUGGGCACAAUGUGUUUCUCACCAGCAACGACAAUGUCGAGCAUCGACCUUCGUGGAUGGAAGGCGACAAGAAUAUCCCUGACGAUCCUGAUAGUGAUCUGGAAAAGUCUUGGCCUGACUGGGAUGCGCGGGUCGAUGGGCCCAUCCCGAAUGACACACCUGGUGACCGAGCGCAGUGGUACGAUUCAGCCCAUGCCCUCCGCGAAGGAGAUGACUUGGAUGGCGGCGACAACGAUGCUGAGUGGUCGCCUGAGAAACUCGGCUAUUUGCGCCCAGAGGAUCUACAACAAGAUGAAGGUUUGCGGGACGAGUUGCGCAAACGUUUUGGUGGGGAGCCCAUCCAUGUUGAGACUACGGGCGGGCGCAGCAAUGCGCCAGCCAUCCUAUUGGUGAUGGACAAAGGCAACGGCAUUGUGGAUGCCUUCUGGUUCUUCUUCUACAGCUUCAACCUUGGCAACGUGGUGUUGAACGUACGAUUCGGCAACCAUGUUGGGGACUGGGAACACUGUCUUGUGCGCUUUCAUAAUGGCCGGCCCAAGGCCCUCUUUUUCAGUGCCCACUCAGCGGGAGAAGCAUACAGCUACGAAGCUGUCGAGAAAAUUGGCCAACGGCCGGUCAUAUAUUCCGCACUUGGCACCCAUGCUAUGUAUGCUACUCCUGGCGUGCACGCCUACAUCUUGCCUUGGGGCUUGCUGCACGACCAGACCAAUCGCGGUCCAUUGUGGGACCCGCUCUUGAACGUGCACACAUACACGUAUGACUUCCCCAGCGACAUGCUCCGGGCAUCGACUGUGAGCCCCUCGGCGCCUAUUGAGUGGUUCUACUUCAAUGGGCACUGGGGCGACAAGUUCUACCCGUUGGGCGAUGAACGCCAGUACCGUUUUGCGGGUCAGUAUCAUUACGUGAACGGGCCUCUGGGCCCGCGCUUCAAGCACCUGAAUCGGCGCAAGGUCUGUCAGCAAUCUGACGACAGUCCUUGCGUGAUUAAGAAUUACAUUGGUGAACAGGCUCGCCCUCGCCGCUGGGCAAGUGCGGGUGUCGAAAACCCGGCUGAGCAUCCGCGUAAUUAG